AUGCAAAGAAAAGUCGACCUUAGUGGAAGCGAAUAUGUGUUUGUCGUUGAGACAUGCCAGAACUGCAAAGACCAUCACUGGAAUACUAGACACGACGAGUCCAAGUACGAGGACUUCUUCAAUAAAAUAUCUAGCGCCAUCAUUUCGAGAAUACCCAAUGCUGUUGUACUUAGAAAUCAGAUUCCCAAAUCUUAUGUCUAAUAUGAUCUCUACUGCAAUUUAGUUCCAAACGAAGAUGAUGGUAGUCCCAUCUAUGAUUGGGUACCAAGAACAGGUUCUUUUGAAGUAUCUUACAAGGGAAUGUUGAUAUUCUCAAAACUUCAAAGCUCAUUCUGGCCCAACACUUAGCUUGUUGGAGAAAAAUGCUAUCUACUAGUUUAAGAUGAAAAGGAUAACAAAGAUCUGACUAGAUACUUGGCUGGAAAUUCUCCUGUUAAGGGAGGAUCUAAAUCCAGAGCAGGGCCACCUACUAGUAAAAGCCCUAUUAGAGGGUACAACGACUCCAACACUGGAUUCAGUGGUGCCAAUAGCAAUAAGAAUAUGAGUUCACCCGCAAAGCAAGAGUCUCAGAAGUUCUCUAACUCUUCAAAUGUCCCAGUCAGAAACUAAAGCACUCCAAAUCAAGCUUAACAACAACAAAAGGCUGCAGAAGAAUAAAAACAGAGAGAAGAAAAUGAAAGAAGACAAAGAGAACUCUAAGAAUAGCAACUUAGAGAAUAGCAGUAAAGAGAAAAGGAAUUAAGAGAGUAAUAAGAAAGAGAGCAAAAGCAGAAAGAACAGCAAUAGAGAGAAGCUGAAGCUUAAAAAGCUGAGCAAGAAAGACUCAGGAAAGAACAGGAGGAGAGUCAAAGACAAGAGUAGGAAAGACUACUGAGAGAAUAGUAAGAAAGAGAGGAGAGAGAAAGACAAGAAUAAGAGCAAGCUUUAAAUAAAUCAGUUCAAGAUUUAAAUCAGAGCCACAUUUCUCAUCAAAGCGAUCCCAAGUUCUUAGAUCAUUCUCAGUCAAGACAUGAUACCAUCCCAGCUUAGGCUUCAAUCCACAGACAAGGCACUGAUGAGCAAUACGCCAAUGAAUUUGAAGAGCCAGAGCCAAAUGAAGUUGCCCCAGAAGAAGACAUUGAAGUUGGAGCUCAUUUAAAGACUCCUGAUGAUUUAUUUGGAUACCCAGUAUUCCCACCAGGCACUCACUCAUUGCUUAAAAAAUUCAUUACCAGAGAACUUUGGAGCAACAGCAAGAACUUAGUCGACAGUCAUGGAUACACUUUCAAGCAUGCUAUUUUCACUGGAUGUAAAAAUGUCGAUUCACAUAUCGGAGUUAUUGCUGGCAGUCAUGAUUCUUAUAAUGCUUUUGCAGAGUUAUUUGACAAGAUCAUCGAAGACUAUCAUGGUCAUGAAAAGAGUGCAGUUCAUCACAGCGAUAUGGAUUACACCAAAUUAAAUUGCCCACCAUUUAGUGCAAAGGAGCAGAAACUAAUUAGAAGCACUAGAAUUAGAGUUGGAAGAAAUCUUGCUGAGUAUCCACUUGGCCCAGGUUUAAGCAAAGAGUAAAGAGUUGAAAUUGAAUAAAAGGUUGUUAAAGCUUUGAGCAGCUUUGAAGGUGAACUUGCUGGUACAUUCUACUCAUUAGGUUCACUAAGUGAUGAUGAGAAGAAGCAAUUAAUUGCUGACCAUUUCCUAUUCAAAGAGGGUGAUAGGUUCCAAGAAGCUUCAUUCCUUAAUAGAGACUGGCCUGAGGGCAGAGGAAUCUUCCACAAUGCUUCAAAGACUUUCUUAGUCUGGGUCAAUGAAGAAGAUCAACUCAGAAUCAUAUCAAUGCAGAACGGUGCAGAUAUUGGUGCAGUAUUCACAAGAUUGUCGAAAGCUUGUGCUCAUAUUGAAACUGUAGCUAAGUUUGCCCACGAUGAACAUCUAGGAUACAUCACAUCUUGUCCUACUAAUCUUGGUACAGGUCUCAGAGCUUCAGUUCAUGUUUACUUGCCUAACCUUGGACAAAGAAAGGAUGAGUUCGAAGCUAUUGCUGACAAAUAUCACGUCUAGAUCAGAGGAGCUCAUGGAGAACACACUGAGACUAAUGACCAUAUUUAUGAUAUUUCUAACAAGAGAAGAUUAGGCAUUAGUGAAGUCAGUCUGGUUCAAGAUAUGUACAACGGAGUAAAGGCACUUCUUCAAAGAGAGCUAGAACUAAAACCAAAGAAAGAAAUAACAGAUAUAGAAGUUGGAAGACAUCUUUAGACUUUCAAAGAUCUAAAAGGCUUCCCAAUAUUCCCAGAUGGAACAAAAUCACUUUUGAGCAAGUAUCUUACUAGAGAAAUCUUUGAAUAACUUACAAAAGUUAAGGAUAAGUAUGGAUUCUCAUUUAAGUAAGCAAUCUUUUCUGGCUGUCAAAAUACUGAUUCAGGAAUUGGAGUUUACGCUGGAUCUCAUGACUCUUAUUACACUUUCGCAAGCUUCUUUGAUCACAUUGUUUAGGACUAUCAUGGCCACGGGAAGGAUGAUAAGCAUGUCAGCGAUAUGGACUAUACCAAAUUGGUUUGCCCACCUUUUGCAGAGUCUGAUGCUUAAAUGAUUAAAAGCACAAGAAUCAGAGUAGGCAGAAAUCUCGCAGACUAUCCCCUUGGCCCAGGUCUGACCAAGGAACAAAGAAAAGAAAUAGAGUCUAAGGUUGUUCAAGCGUUAUCUUCAUUUGAGGGAGAACUAGAAGGAAAAUACUACGCUUUAUCAGACUUGAGUGAAGCUGACAGAAAGCAACUUAUAGCUGAUCAUUUCCUCUUUAAGGAGGGAGAUAGAUUCCUUGAAGCUGUAGGUUUGAAUAGAGAAUGGCCAGAUGGCAGAGGCAUCUUCCAUAACAACGAAAAGACUUUCCUUGUGUGGGUUAAUGAGGAGGAUCAACUAAGAAUUAUCUCAAUGCAAAAUGGUGCUGAUAUUGGUGCUGUUUUCACUAGACUUAGCAAAGCAUGCUCUCACAUUGAAACUGUUGCAAAGUUCUCUCACGAUGACCAUCUUGGAUAUAUUACAUCUUGCCCAACUAACCUUGGAACUGCUCUAAGAGCUUCAGUCCACAUCCAUCUACCUUAUCUAGGUCAAAACAAGGCGGAAUUCCAAGCCAUUGCUGAUAGAUAUCACGUAUAAAUUAGAGGUGCUCAUGGUGAACACACUGAAACUGAUGAUCACAUCUAUGAUAUUUCCAAUAAGAGAAGACUUGGCAGAUCAGAGGUUGACCUCGUCUAAGAUAUGUAUAAUGGAGUUAAGGCUAUGAUUGAGAAAGAAAAAGAACUCUCACCUCAAGAAGAGGAGAAAGAGGAGGAAUUAAUGUGUGGAUCCCAUCUUAAAACUCCAAAUGAUUUGACUGGAUUCCCAGUAUUCCCAGAAGGAACUAAAUCCUUGUUAAUGAAGCAUUUGUCUAAAGAUGUUUGGGGAGAAUUGAAGAAUGCAAGUGAUAAGCACGGUUUCUCCUUCAAAUAAGCAAUAUUCUCUGGAUGCCAAAACACUGAUUCAGGCAUUGGUGUUUACGCUGGAUCUCAUGACUCCUACACAGCAUUUGCUCCUUUAAUGGACUAAGUUAUUCAGACAUAUCACGGUCACUCAAAAGACGCUAAGCACGUGAGUGAUAUGGACUAUACAAAGCUAAACUGUCCACCACUUUCUAAUAAAGAAUAAAAACUUAUUAAGAGUACCAGAAUCAGAGUAGGAAGAAAUCUCGCUGAUUUUCCACUUGGGCCAGGUUUAGCUGAUGAGCAUAGAAAUGAGAUUGAAAAAACAGUCGUAGAGGCUCUUUCAUCCUUUGAAGGUGAACUCGCUGGCAAGUACUAUGCGCUAUCAUCUCUCAGUGAAGAUGAAAGAAAGCAACUCAUUGCAGACCAUUUCUUGUUCAAGGAAGGUGAUAGAUUCUUAGAAGCUGUUGGCCUUAACAGAAACUGGCCAGAAGGAAGAGGAAUUUUCCACAAUAAUGAAAAGACUUUCUUAGUCUGGGUUAAUGAAGAAGAUCAACUCAGAAUCAUCUCUAUGCAAAAUGGGGCUGACAUUGGUGCAGUUUUCACUAGAUUAUCAAAGGCCUGCGCCCACAUUGAAACUGUAGCUAAAUUCUCACAUGAUGAGCACUUAGGCUAUAUUACUUCUUGCCCAACCAACCUUGGAACUGCUUUAAGAGCCUCUGUGCACAUUCAUCUUCCAAACCUUGGCUAAGUUAAGAGUGAUUUCUAAGCCAUUGCUGACAAAUAUCAUGUUCAAAUUAGAGGAGCUCAUGGAGAGCACACAGAGACUGAUGAUCAUAUCUAUGACAUCUCAAACAAGAGAAGACUAGGAAGAUCAGAAGUCGACUUAGUUUAAGAUAUGUACAAUGGUGUUAAAGCAAUGAUUCAAAAAGAACUUGAACUUGCUCCAGUAAAGGAGCCAAAGCAAUUGCAAGUUGGAAGUCACUUGAAAUCACCAGAAGAGCUAAGUGGAUUCCCCGUUUUCCCUGCAGGAACAAAAUCUCUUCUUAGUAAAUAUCUUUCAAGUGAUCUCUGGAAGCAACUUAAGAAUCUAAAGGACAAACAUGGAUUCUCUUUCAAACAGGCAAUAUUCUCUGGAUGUUAAAACACUGAUUCAGGUAUUGGUGUUUACGCGGGAUCUCAUGAUUCAUAUGUGACCUUCGCUUCAUUCUUUGAUCACAUAAUCUAAGAUUACCAUGGCCACGCUAAGGAUGCCAAUCAUGUUAGCGAUAUGGACUAUACUAAACUUGAAUGCCCACCUCUUAGAAAUAGUGAAGCUAAAUUAAUUAAAAGUACUAGAAUAAGAGUCGGAAGAAACUUAGCAGAUUAUCCACUAGGACCAGGACUUACUAGAGAAUAAAGAAAUGAAAUCGAGCAAAAGGUAGUUUAAGCUCUUCAAAGUUUUGAGGGAGAGCUUGAAGGUAAAUACUAUGCACUAUCAGCUCUAAGUGAUGAAGAGAGAAAACAACUCAUUGCAGACCAUUUCCUUUUCAAAGAAGGAGAUAGAUUCUUGGAAGCUGUUGGAUUAAACAGGGACUGGCCAGAAGGAAGAGGAAUCUUCCACAAUAAUGACAAGACAUUCCUCGUUUGGGUCAACGAAGAAGAUCAACUCAGAAUCAUCUCUAUGUAGAAUGGAGCUGAUAUUGGAGCAGUAUUCACAAGGCUUUCAAAGGCUUGCGCUCACAUUGAAACUGUAGCUAAAUUUGCUCAUGAUGAUCAUCUUGGCUAUAUCACAUCAUGCCCAACUAAUUUAGGAACUGCCUUGAGAGCAUCAGUUCACAUCCACCUCCCUCACCUUGGACAGCACAAAGAUGAAUUCCAGGCUAUUGCAGAUUAAUUCCAUGUGCAGAUAAGAGGUGCUCAUGGUGAACACACUGAAACAGAUGAUCAUAUUUAUGAUAUCUCAAAUAAGAGGAGACUUGGUAGAUCGGAAGUUGAUCUUGUUCAAGACAUGUAUAAUGGAGUAAAAGCAAUGAUUGCUAGAGAAAAAUAACUUAGACCACCUAAGGUCAAAUAGGAAGCAGCAGUUGAAAUUAAUGUUGAAGAAAACAAAUAACAAGCUGAGAAGAUCAUUCAAUGUGGCUCUAAACUUGGAGCAGCAAUUGAUCUUAAAGGAAAAUCUCUCUUUUUCCCACCAGGCACCAAAUCACUUCUAUCUUAGUUCUGCACUAAAGAAGUUUGGCUAGCAAACAAGAAGAAGAAGGAUUCAUUCGGCUUCUCAUUCAAGCAAGCUAUCUUCUCAGGAUGCAAAAAUGUUGACUCAGGAAUUGGUGUUUAUGCUGGAAGUUAAGACUCUUACCAUGCUUUUUCAGAUUUAUUCAAUCCAAUCAUACAGACCUAUCAUGGAUUUGAUACUACUCAGAAUCACGUCAGUGACAUGGAUCAUACCAAACUAGAAUGCCCACCACUGGAGGAUGGUGAUGCAGAUAACAUGAUUGUCAGCACUAGAAUCAGAGUAGGCAGAAAUCUUGCUGAUUACCCACUUGGUCCAGGUCUUACCAAAGAGCAGAGAGUUGAAAUUGAGGAAAAAGUCUCAGAUGCUUUGUAAUCAUUUGAAGGCGACCUAAAAGGUAAAUACUACUCACUAGGAUCUUUGACUGAAGAGGAGAGAUAAAAACUGAUUGACGAGCAUUUCUUGUUCAAGGAAGGCGAUAGAUUCCUAGAAGCUGCAGGAUUAAACAGAGAUUGGCCAGAAGGCAGAGGAAUUUAUCACAAUGAUGAGUUGACAUUCCUAGUAUGGAUCAACGAGGAAGAUCAGUUGAGAAUCAUCAGCAUGCAGAAGGGUUGCGAUAUCGGUGCUGUUUUCGAAAGACUCUCAAGAGCAUGUGCUCACAUCGAAUAAACAAUUAAAUUUGCCCAUGAUGAGCAUCUCGGUUAUAUUACAUCAUGUCCUACUAAUCUUGGUACUGCACUAAGAGCUUCAGUGCACAUCAGACUUCCAAAGCUAUCACAGCACAUGGAAGAGUUUGAGGCCAUUGCUAAUAAAUACCACGUUUAAAUUAGAGGUAUUCACGGAGAGCACUCAGAGACAGUAGAUAGUGUAUAUGACAUUUCAAAUAAGAGAAGACUAGGAUUAUCAGAAGUUAGUCUAGUUUAAGACAUGUACAACGGUGUUAAGGCACUUAUUGAAAAAGAGAAAUCUCUAUGA